GUAUUUAUACCACGAACCUCCUCCAUUCAGACACCCCGAGAUUGACGUUAGAACAACUCAACUGACCAUGCCUGAACCAGCGAAGCCAGCCCCCAAGAAGGGAUCUAAGAAAGCCGUGACCAAGACGGCUGCCAAAGGAGGCAAGAAGCGCAGAAAGACCAGGAAGGAGAGUUAUGCCAUCUACGUUUACAAGGUGCUGAAGCAGGUCCACCCCGAUACCGGUAUCUCCUCCAAGGCGAUGGGCAUCAUGAACUCUUUCGUGAACGACAUCUUCGAGCGCAUCGCUGGGGAGUCUUCCCGCCUGGCUCACUACAACAAGAGGUCCACCAUCACCUCCAGGGAGAUCCAGACCGCAGUGCGUCUGCUUCUGCCCGGUGAACUGGCCAAGCACGCCGUGUCUGAGGGAACAAAGGCCGUCACCAAGUACACCAGCUCCAAGUAAUUUAUUGGACAAAUUUAAACACAAAGGCUCUUUUAAGAGCCACCCACUUCAUCCUUUUAAAGGCUAUUUCGAUGUUUUUGCAAACUCGAUGUUACUAAUUCCACUGCUGCGUCUGCAGUUCUGCUGCCACGCGCCCCACUAUGUCCUUAACACUUGUAAUGAAUAAUGUAAUAAACUGCCUCUUCAAUUAAAA